GAGGAAAAGCAGCUUCCAAAUUGUUCUACCAACGAAUCAGCAACAAAUAUUCAGGAGACCUCCCCGCUUAGACGUUCAUCGCGUGUUGAAUCAUUAAAGGUCCAGAAAAGAGAGAAAGGUAGACUAAGCGGUUUUGUGUUUUAUUUCAGUUAUAAAUUAUUGUUUUUAGAUAUCCUCGCCGAAACUAAGCAAACUCUGACGGAAUCUACCAAAGAAUCGACAAAAAUGGAGUCUGCAGCUAUGGAUGUUGAAGUUGCUUCUCCAUUUAUUGGUGUUGAUCAAAAUCAAGAGCAAAGAGUUUCUUCGUUAAAGCGAAAAUUGAAAAGAAAAUUGUCUUGUGGCCAAUCGCUUGAUCAGUAUGAUUGCAAAUUUGGGAUCCGUUUAGACGCUCAAGGUGAUGUGGUGCUAAUGUCAGAUGAAAGCGAAAUUUCCUCACUGGAUGAGGCUGAUGUCGGACGGCUACGGGAACAUUAUGAGAACGUCCAAAAACACGAAGUUUCUGAGGAGGUUCAACUUCAACGAGAUCAACAAAUCCGGGAAUUGGAGGCUGUUCUUCGAAUUGAGGAAGCAAAGUUGCUUAUGAUGAAGAAACUAAGGCAUAGUCAGCUACAUCAUGACGAGAAAAUGCUGGACGGUGGUGGAAAUGCUGCCAGUGUUCGUCGACUAGCUCCCUUGCAAAAUUCUUCAGGUCAAGCUUAUAAACCAAAAGUUGCUGUUGCUCCAAAUCAACACAAAAAAGACACAAACUCUUCCAACAACCAAAAACCAACUGCAAAGCUGAAUGGUGCUACAGCUCCUCAACAUAUGUCUGCUGCUAAAAACUCGGUCGAUGCAACUGGAGGCAUGCAAGGCCUUGCUAAUGUUGCUGUUGGCGGGAUUCAGCUUUCUACCUUACCACCUCAGCAUUUAUCGGUUAUUCAACAGUUGUAUGAGCGUCUUUCGCAAAAUCCACAGCAAAUGGCCGGUAUGAUCAAGACGCUUCCACCACAGACGGGACAAGCUUUGACGGAACUUUUACGCCAGUAUGCAGUUGCACAAACUACCAGUGCUGCGUCUCAACAAACACAAAAAUCCUCUCAACAACAAAAACAGCAACAUUCGACUACGGCUGCUCCGACUUCCCAAUCACAUGAUGCACGCGAACUCACUCAACAAAGUAUUUCCAAAGCGCGUCAACAAUUACGUCGAGAAUUAGAUCAAUUGAUCGCCAAAUUGCCUGUGCCUAAGGCUCCUCUUCCAGAUUUAUCAUUUAUUCCAAAUGGAGGAAGCAACCAGCCAGAAUUUGUUUACCUUUUAGGCUUGGAUUUGACAGUUCAAAGAGUGCUUAAAGACAGGCAGAUGUUCAAGUUUGAAUACCAUUUGUAUUGUGAACGUUGUGUAAGACUAGCACAGAAACGAAAAGUUUGCCUUGAUUAUAAGGCACUGCUCAACCGUGCGUUUCAGCAAAUUAAGGAGCGCGAAAAGGAAUUUGAGAGACACGUUGCCUCUGGAAAGUAUAAUGUUGAUCCAGUGUUGCCUUUACCCACUGCAACUGUUCCUACUGGUGCCGUUUCUGCUCAAAAACAGUCUACAACCGAUAGUAAAUUGUCAAAAUCGCAGCAACAAAGUAACAACGCUUCGGUCACUUCUGCUUCUUUAACUCAUCAAAAGGAUGGUGUUGCUCCAUCAAUCCAACAUUUAACUUCUACCCAACAAGCAACGGCAUUAAAUUUGAGUAUGGCUGCUGCCCCAGCGAAUGUUCCAAAUACUUUGGCUAAUCCUGCUAAGACUGUUCAGAAUCAUGCAAAAACAGGAGUUUCAACCUCAGGCAAUUCCGGGGCUUCUACCAGUACUUCAAAACGCGGCGUUGCCAACACUCGUACCGCUAAUACAAUGAGCAAUGCUGGAAAUAAUACGGCUGCAAUGGCAUCGAAUGCCGCAGCUGCCGCUUCAAAUCCUUUGGCUGCUGUGCUUCAACAAAAUCCACUUAUGCAGCAGCAUUUAGCGGCGAUGGCAGCUUCACCUAUUUUCAGGCAGUUGGGAAAUUUGGCUUCAAAUCCAGUAAUGCUAGCGGCGCUUUCACAAAAUCCAAUGCUUGUACAGUUAUUUGCUGCAAUGACUGCUCAGCAUCAACAACAUCAACAGCAGCAACAACAACAACGUGCUCAACCAACAAUUGCCUCAACACCUAUUAAUGUUCCAUCUGGAGCAGCACACGCUUUAGCACAGAUUGCACAAAAGUCAAGUCAGCAACUUCAACAACAGACUCAGCAACAGCAUCACCGAGCUUCAACGGUAACCACUUCAUCGACUGCCCCACAUUCCUCUACACAUCAUUCUGCAUCAAACGUGGCUGCGUCUGCUGCUUCUAACCAACAGCAGCAACAACAAUUGGUAAGGAUACCAAAUGACCUAUGA